AGUCGUUCGCUCGCUUCAGGCGCACUCGCAUCCCAAGCUUUUGCCCGGUUACAUUCGCUUUACCUUCCACACUCAUUUUCUCUCUCUCUCUCUCUCUCUCUCUUAAUUUCUCUCAUUACCUCUUUGCCUCUCUCUCUCUUUUUUUCUCUCCCUCUCUCUCUCUCUCGGGCACACACAAAAUCCAUUGACGGUGAAGUGUCGUGCGUCGCUCCAUUCCGUGUCAGAUGAUCAAGGUACCAGUGCCAAAAAUUGUCGGACCAUCGAGUCGACGACAAUUUAGUCCAACACGUCGUUAAUUAUUUAUUUAUUAUUAUUUGUGUGCGUAUUUUUUCGAAAGGAGGGUUUUCUGUUUGAUUUCAGUUUUUUUUUCUUUUUAAUUGUUAAUUUAAUAUCUCUAGUGGUUCUCCCACUUUUUGGCUCUCUUUUUCUGUAUUUUUUUUUUGAAUAAAAUGAUGCACGGAUAUUUUUGUGCCGAGGCAGAAUAUCAUCGUGGCAUUCUCGUGCAGCCUCUCGAUACACCCACAACUCGACGGAGACACAUUGAAAAUGUUUUAUGAUAAACAGAAAUUUUUGACAUGAAUGAUUUUAAGUUGGUUUUUUUUUCUUUCUUUUCGACUGGAGAAAGAUAUUUGGUGCGGAUUAAGAUUGGAAUUGUUUUGCAUCAUGAAGAAUCUUUUUUUAAGUUGAGAAAAGAAUUUUGAUUUUGAAGUAGAAACAAAAUUUUGGUGCAGGAUUAGCGGAAGAAUGUACUGCAGCAUCUGAGGAAAAAUUGGGAGCAAUUUGGUGCAGCAUUUGGAUGAACAAAUUGGUGUAGCAUUUGAUAAAAAAUUUUGUGCUGCAUUUGACAAACAUUUUGGUGUAGCAUUAGGAGAAAUAUUUUUUUAAGCAUCUGCUGAAGAAUUGGGAACAAUUUGGUGCUCCAUUUGAUGAACAAUUUGGUGUUGUAUUUGAUAAAAAAUGUUGUGUAGCAUUGGCAAAAUAAUGUGCUAAAGAAUUAGGAACAAUUUGGUGCUUCAUUUGAUGAACAAUUUGGUGCUGUAUUUGAUAAACAAUUUGGUGCUGCAUUUGAUAAACAUUUUUGUGAAGCAUUAGCAAAAAUAUUUACUGCAGCAUCUGCAAAGGAUUAGCAAUAAUCGGUGCAGUAUUUGAUAGAUUUUUUGGUGCUGUAUUUUAUAAAAAAUUUAAUGCAGCAUUUGAUAAAUAAUUUGGUUUAGCGUCAACAACAGAAUUUGCUGCAGAAUCUGCUAAAGAAUUAGGAACAAUUAGGUGCAGCAUUUGAUAAACAAUUUUGUGUUGCAUUUGAUAAAAAAUGUUGUGCAGAAUUAGCAGUAAAAUAAACUGCAACAUCUGCUAAAGAAUUAGGAACAAUUUGGUGCUUCAUUUGAUGAACAAUUUGGUGUUGUAUUUGAUAAACAAUUUGGUGUUGUAUUUGAUAAACAAUUUGAUGCAUCAUUUGAUAAACAAUUUGAUGCAUCAUUUGAUAAAGAAUUUUGUGCUGUGUUUGAUAAAAACUUUGGUGCAGCAUCAGUAGAAAUAUUUACUGCAGCAUCUGCAAAGGAUUAGGUACAGUUUGGUGCAGCAUUUGAUAAAAAUUUUGGUGCAGCAUUAGCAGAAAUAUUUACUACAGAGUUUGCCUAAGUAUUAGGAAUAAUUGGUACAGCAUUUGAUAAACAAUUUGGUGCAGCAUUUGAUAAAAAUUUUGGUGCAGCAUUAGCAGAAAUAUUUACUACAGAGUUUGCCUAAGUAUUAGGAAUAAUUGGUACAGCAUUUGAUAAACAAUUUGGUGCAGCAUUUAAUAAGAUUUUUGGUUCUGUAUUUGAUAAACUUUUUGGUUCUGUAUUUGAUAAACUUUUUGGUUGUGUAUUUAAUAAACUUUUUGGUGUUGUAUUUGAUAAACAUUUUGGUGCUGUAUUUGAUAAACUUUUUGGUUCUGUAUGUGAUAAAUAUUUUGGUGCUGCAUUUGAUAAACAUUUUGGUUUAGCUGUUGAUAAACAAUUUGGUGCUGCUCUUGAUAAAAAAUGCAGUGCAACACUUGCUGAAAAAUUCGGAAAAUUUUGUUGUAGAAUCUGCUGAAGAAUUAGGAACAAUUUUGAUGCAGCGUCAGAGGAUCAAUUUUGUGCAGCAUCAGCAGAAAGUUUUUUUGCAGCGUCUGCGGAAGAAGUAGGAAGAAUUUAGUGCAGUAACCGGAUAGCAAUUUAAUGCUGCAUUGGACAAACUAUUUGGAUAAAUUAGUGCAGCAUAAGUGGAAUAAUUUUGUGCAACAUUAGGAGAAGAAUUUGGUGGAGCACUAGUGAAAAAAUUCAGUGCAUUUUAUUUGCUGCAGCAUUUCUUCAAGUGUUUGCAACAGAAUUCACUGUUUAAUUUGCUGAAGAAUUAGGAACAUUAUUUGGAGUAUUUUCUGCAGUAUUUCUAGGACUAUUUAGUGCAGUAUUUCUUGGAGUAUUUAGUGCAGUAUUUUUUGAGGUAUUUGCUGCAGUAUUUGUAAUAGUAUUCGCUGCACUUUUUGGAAUAGUAUUUGCUGCACUUUUUGGAAUAGUAUUUGCUGCACUUUUUGGAAUAGUAUUUGCUGCACUUUUUGGAAUAGUAUUUGCUGCACUUUUUGGAAUAGUAUUUGCUGCAGCAUUUGUUCGAAUAUUUGGUACAGUAUUUGCAACUGCAUUUAUUAGAGUAUUAGCUGAAGAGUUAGUGAUUUUUAUUGAAGAAUUUGAUGCAGCAUUUAUUGGAAUAUUUGAUGUGGUAUAUGGUGCAGCAUUUAUUAUAGUAUUUGCAACAGAAUUCACUGGAAAAUUUAUACUAGAAAAUUAAAGAAACAAAUAGUAACAUUUCUUGGACUGUUUGCAACAGAAUUCGUUGGAAUAUUUGCAGAUUAACUAGUAAAGGAAUUAGUAAAAGAAUUAGUAAAGGAAUUAAUAAAGGAAUUAGUAAAGGUAUUAGUAAAGGAAUUAGUAAAGGUAUUAGUAAAGGAAUUAAUAAAGGUAUUAGUAAAGGAAUUAAUAAAGGAAUUGGUAAAGAAAUUAGUAAAAAUUAUUGGAUUAUUUGCUACAGUAUUUUUUGGAGUAUUUCCUGAAGCAAAAAGUGAAAUUAUUUAGCAACAUUUAGUGAAGAAUUUGGAGAAGGAUUUGUUGUAAUAUUUGGUGCAUUAUUCGCUGCAGCAUUUAUUGGAGUAUUUGUAGCAGAAUUAAUUGCAGUAUUUGCUGUAGUAAUAGCAACAUUUAUUGGAUUAUUUGGUGCACUAUUUGUUAGAAUAUUUAGUGCAGAAUUUGUUGAAUAUUUGGUACAGUAUUCGAUGCAGUAUUUUCUGUAACAUUUCUUGUAGUAAUCGUUGUAGUAUUUUGUGGAACAUUUUAUGCACUAUUUGUUGUAUUAUAUGAUGCAUCAUUUGUUGUAGCUUUUGUUGGAAUAUUUGGUGCAGUAUACGCUGCAAUAUUUGUUGGAGAAUUUAGCGCAACUAAUAAACAAUUUCGUGCAGCAGUUGUUGAAGAAUUUAGUGCAGAAUUUAUUGGGGGAUUUAAUGCAGAAUUUGUUGGAGUGUUUGCUGGAACAUUAAUUGAAGAAUUUGCAGCCGCUUUUCUUGAAAAGUUUUAAUAGCUACAGCAUUUGUUGAAAAAUUCUAUCAACAUUUGCUAGAUUAUUUGUGCAGCAUUUUUGAAGAAUUUGAUACAGUAUUUGUUGGAGUAUUUACUACAGUAUUUGUUGGAGCAUUUGCUACAGUAUUUAUUGGAGUAUUUGGUUCAUCUGACUGACAAUUUCGUUUAGUAUUUGUUGGAGGAUUUAGUGAAGAGCAUUUAGUGAUUUGUUGGACUGUUAGCUGAAGCACUAGUUGAAGGAUUGUUAGCAGUAUUUGUUGCAGCAUUUGUUGGAGUAUUUGUUGGAGUAUUAGCUGCAGUAUUUGUUGGGGUAUUUGCUGCAGCAUUUGUCUUAGUAUUUGCUAAACUAUUCUCUAGAGUAUUUCCUUAAACAUUUGUCAGAAUAUUUGCUACAGUAUUUGUUGGAGAAUUUCCUGCAGCACUUGUUGGAGAAUUCGGUGCAACAUCUAGUGGCAAAUCCGUUGCAGCAUCUUUUGGAGAAUUCGAUUACUAAUCCAAAGAGGAAUAGUAGGAAGAAGUACAGCAUCUUCGAACUGAAUUCACACAACUUUUAAGUAUUUUUCGCUAAUUAGAAAAAGAGGAAGAAGAACGAAUAAAAGUACAGCAUCUUCUCAAGCUUUCUCCCCUGUUUGAUGAUAAUUUUGGUUUUCGAUUAUUAACCAAAAAGAAGAAGGAAAAAAAGAAGAGCAUCAAGAAGAAGAAUAAGAAGAAGAGCAAUAAGAAGAAGAAGAAAAAGAAGAAAAAAGAAGAGCAAGAAGAAGUGGAAAAAUCUAGAAAUAGCAAAAAUACCAGUACAUCAAGAAAAAAAUUGUAACAAGAGACGGAAGUGUUUGUGCAAUUAACGGAAAGGACUUUUUGAGCGUAAGGAUAAAACUGCGGAUAAACUAUAAAAUUAGAUCGAGGGUUUAUUAAAGAAUACCCAUAAAAGUGAAUACAUCCAUUAAGGAUUACAUGCACUGUUGGUUUUUAGUGGAGAACACCUAUAAAGUACCGUCGCUUAAGGAUGCAACAUCUAUAACCGUCUGUUGAAGAAGCAUCCAUAAACCCUCUGUUAAAAGAAGAUCUAUAAAGUGUAACAUCUGUUAAAGAAGUCCUAUAAAAAGACUUUCACAUACACACACACACAAAUACCAUUGCCACAAGUCAAUAUUUUCAAAUAAAAAAAAAACCAUCAUUACAGGAUCAUUAGAGCGUUCUCCAAAAAAACAAAAAUUAAGAAUCUGCAAGUUUAUUAUUAUUUUUCCCCUUUUCAUUCUAGAAGUGAACUGAUAUAGUGAGAAGGCGAAUUAGUGCGAUCGCGAAAAGAGAGUGAAAGUGAGUGCUCGCGUCGAGAGAGAGAAAGGCAGAGAAAUAAAAGAGAGAUCCUUAUCUCACAUUAAUUUGGGGGGCUGCUUAAAAAAAGGGUUUAAAAAAGGGUUUAAAAAGGGUCAAAAAAAGGGUUUAAAAAAGGGUUUAAAAAUGGGUCAAAAUGGGUUUAAAAAAGGGUUUAGUAGGGCUUAAAAAAAUUUCUAGAAUGGUUUAAAGUAGGGACGGUUUUCUCAAAAAGGAUUUUCAUAAAUAGGGUUUUUAAAAAAAUGGUUUUAAUAUUGGGGGUUGAACAGUUUUAAUAAAAAGGGUUUUGAAAGUAGGGUUUUAAUAUUCGAGGGUUUAGUAGGAUUUUUAUAGAGAGGGUUAAGUAGGGUUUUAAUAGAAAGGGUUAAAAUAGAGUUUUCAUAGAAUUUUGUUUUGAUAAAAACACUACUUUUAAAAAAAUGUUUUUUAAAAUCAAUUUUUAAGAAAUAUUUUUUUAAAAAAAGAAAAAGAAGAAGAAGAGUGAGAAAAAAAGAAAGUGUUUUGUGUACAUGGAAGAUGUUUUUAGAUGAUAAGAUAAAAAAUCAGCAAAAAAGAAGAGAAAUGUAGAAUUAUGUAUGUGCAGUGUAUCGAAACUUGAGUGAAUUUAAAAAAAAAGAAAAGGAAAGAGAUUAAUUUUCGAGAAAAAGAAAAAAGAAGAAAAAGAAGAAGAAGAAGAAAAAAGAAGUGGUUCAUAUACCACAAGCAGGGAAGAUGCUGCUUCACGAGAGUCUUGUGCCUCUGACACUCUUGGUGGUCGUAUAUCGUCCGAUGACAUUGCACGGACGCAGGGUCGCGCCGCUUAUGGAAGACGAUUGGGCGAGGAGGCCACAUCGCGCUACCGAAUGUACAUUCGGAAAACAAAUUCGUGAAUUGGGUUCAACGUGGCAUCCCGAUUUGGGACCUCCUUUUGGCGUGAUGUUCUGCAUAAAAUGCGAGUGUGUACCAAUACAAAAGAAGAAGAGAAUAAUUGCUCGUGUACAAUGCAGAAAUAUUAAAAACGAGUGUCCCAAAUUGACGUGCGAUGAACCAGUAUUACUUCCGGGACGAUGUUGUAAAUCCUGUCCGAAUGACUACAAUGUUGACAUCGCACAAGAUCUUCCGGCACAAUUGUCCUUGGAGGAGGAGGAACGAAGUCUGAAACAAUUUGGAACCCUUCUCACUGGUCGAACGAGUCAAAUGCUAAAACGUGAGGACUUCGGCAAAAAAUCAUCAUCCACGACAAAUUUCGACAACGUCUCCAACUAUAUUGCAACCGGUCGUUUUAUAUUCCACAGAAAAAAUCUCUACUAUUCGUUUGCCUUCACGGGAAUAACUCCCCGACCAAGGAUACUUCAAUUCCUCGACAUCAGCGGUAACAUUCUCGAGGAGCAGACACUGGAUCCAAUUGGUGGCGUCUAUCAGAAUGCAACUGGUAAAUUAUGCGGUGUUUGGCGACGUGUUGCACGCGAUUAUCGAAAAUUCCUAAGAGAGGAACGUCUAUUCGUGAGUCUCACUUGGGAAACGACGUCCACGUUAAAUGGUCGUCUAUCGAGGUAUCGCGCCCUCUCCACGGAGCAAUUCAGUUCACUCCUCGAACCAUCGUUGGGUGUCGAUCGUGCCGCAAUGUCUGGUUCAGGUGCCACUGCGAUAGUCUCGGCGACUUCUUUCAUCUCCACUCCUUCGGUUCAUAUCUCGUUGAUUUUUAAUGGUCUAUUCUUGCCCAGCGAUAUUGUGGAUGUUCCGAUUGUUGUUCAGCUGGAGCACGCGGAGAAGAAUCAUGUGGUGUUGAGAGAGGAGACUAUUGUUAAGAAACCAUCGAAUGAACUGAAUACUGGAGAGGUGAGGGGGACAAUAUCGGUGACGGAUUUGAGGUUGCUUUCUAGGGGAAAGCUCACCAUCAGCAUUAUGUCGAAGAGAGAUCCAGAGGCUUUGAAAUUGUCCGGGUCGGUGUCGCCGAGGGUUAGUUGUGAUAUGUAUCAGGCUUUGUUGACUACUGAGGUUGGUAGUCGGAGUGCUUCGGGUUUGGGUUGGGCGUUUUUGGAUCGAUAUGGGGCACUUAGGUAUGGUUUCGAGGUUCUGGGUAUGGAGAACGAUCUUCCGGUUACGCUGACUCUUGUUGAUGAGAGCGGAAAGAAGAGGCAGGAAGUUGAGGACUUGACGCCUUCGCUGAUUGGUGGACUCGCGAAUGGUACACUCGAGAGACCUGGACCUAGACUUUUGGAGCCGUUACUUAAUGGAGAUCUUGCUGUAGUAGCUGCUUCUCUUCAAAAAUCGGGAGCUAAUCUGAAGGGACGUUUGGUCGCUAGACCAGUCGCCGACGCUAGGGACACGGCAGGUCCUGUCCUCUUGCGUAGGGUCGAUCACGAUAUGAGUCAUUCGAAGGAAUCGAACCAAGUUCCAGUCGGUUUGGUCUGGGCGUCAGUCGAUCCCGACUGUACCCUCCACUACGAAUUGGAAAUUUCCGGACUCCCAAGCGAUCAGGACACCAGGAGUCUAAGGCUCUAUUUAGAGACAAUGCCGGUCCUGGCGCAAGGCGCUCCAGUUUCCAGAAGACUUUUGGAAGAAUUCACAGGUUCCGUUUUGGAGGGUUCGGUCGCUGGUUUAUCGCCGGUUGAACUCUAUCGCAUAGAGUCCGGAAUCGGAUUCCUCGAGGUCACCAAUAAUCAGUCGGUUAAACUCCUAAAGGCUCCGUUUAAAACCAGGGCACCUUUGAGCUGUCUGCCGCACUAUGCGGACAAUGAUGUGGCAUCGGUGGUGGCUUAUAAUCUCCAACCGCCUCAAUCCGAUUUAGAAGUGACGGCAUGUUUCCAUGAAACCAGGUUCUAUGAAGAGGGGACACAAUGGACGUCGAGUUCUGAUCCCUGCUCCAUGUGCCACUGUCACAGAGGAUUGGCCCACUGUGAUCCAGUUCCUUGUCCGGUUCUGCAGUGUGCUGUUGGAAAACAGAUGAAGGCGCCUGGGAAUUGUUGUCCUAUUUGUUCCGUGUCGAAGCUAAAUGAUGACAAUACAACAAUUUCCUUGACUAAGGGAUGCACACUCGCUGGACAAUUUCAUCUAGCCGGAUCCUCUUGGCAUCCUUACCUACCACCGAAUGGAUUCGAUACCUGCGCUCUCUGCACUUGUGAUAUCAUGACACUACAAGUGAGAUGUCCACGGGUACAGUGUCCUCCACUGGACUGUGACGAGAAAGAGGCGUUUCGACCGGAGAAGAAGGCCUGCUGUAGACAAUGUCCGGUUGUUAAUGUAACAUACGCAAAUGGUACUGAGAGUCAACUUCCUCGCGAUCAAGCAGCUUUAUCGACGCGCCGCACAUCGGAGGAGAUUCUCGCUUCCGGUGGUUGCAAAUACCCAGUCGGCGGUCCUUACGAGAACGGAAGGGAGUGGCAUCCACGAAUCCAUUCUCAUGGAGAGAUGAAGUGCGUCAAGUGCCGUUGCAAGAACGGUGACAUUCGCUGUGAUCGUAAACGAUGUCCGCGAUCAGUGUGCAAUUCAAUUGCCCACCAGAUCAGACGGGGUGAACGUCCCAUGGAUGACUGUUGCACUUAUCAGUGUCGUCGAGCAAGGCGACAUCAUCGUAACAAUCAUCACUCGUCAAAGCACGCAGUGGCACUACGUGGACUCAGCUGAUUUGUCACUCCCGCCAACUCGAGUGCACCGUCGAGGUUAUGUGUCCUAUUUUCUCUUCACGAUAUGACACACGUAAAUUUACAAAUAUCGAUAGAUCGAACGUAAAAAUCGAUUACUAUCGACAGUGUCGCAGGUCACUUUAACUAUCACUAUAUUCAACAUUUGGGGUUUUUUUAAUUGACAAUUUUAAAUUACAAUAGUAAUCCAUCUGCGGUUGAUAAUGACAAUCAAUGUUUACGGUUCCAUUCGUCAAGAACUAAAACAUUAUCUGCCGGAGUAUUUCGAAAUUGUAAUCGUACCGUAACAAUUUGUGUACACACACUGCAGUCUGCCCAGUAAAAAAAAACUAAUUCAAAUGAAUUGAAACGAAUUAACAUUUUUGGUAGGCUCCAAUUCGUAUUUGUCACAAAGCGGGAUUCACUCAAGCUCUUUGUAUAUUCAAUUGAAUU